AUGAGUCUCUGCACACCCUGCCAACAAGCCUUACCUCCCUUCCCAUCCCCAGGUGGUAGUGGAGAUACCAACAAAGGUUACCUGUCUAAGCCUAUCGUCUUCAUUAACCCGCGUCUCCCCAAAAGUCACCUUCUUCUGCACACAUCAUGGGAGUCUUUCAUGACAUCUCUGGAGGCCGAUUGCCCUGUCUGCUGGACAAUCUGGCGGAACAUCCGAUCCUCACCCAUCGUUUCACCGGAUCAUGAAAAUAUUGAAGAUUUCCGAGCGGAUAUCCUACGGGCAACCUACAAUCCCAAGGAUUCCGCAUAUCUCAUCACUGUCUCGAUAGAGGGCCGGGAACUAAAACAGCCGUCGUUGCUACUCAAUAUCUGGAAGACAAACAAAGAGUUCUUUGAACAGGUCGAAGACGAAACUCCCAUGCCCAUUGAGCAUACUCCUCAAUCAGCCGCUCAAGCCGCAAACCGUUGGAUCAGCAUCUGCGACUCGGAGCACUCGUCAUGCCUCGAUCGUGCCACAUCGCCACCAGAAGCAAAAAUGCCAACUCGAUUGCUAGAUCUUGGCGGCAGUGACUCGACAACGUGGUGUCUCAUUGAGACUCAACAAGAAAAAGUUCCAUAUGUUGCGCUUUCGCAUCGCUGGACUGCUGAUACGCCAACACUUCUGACGAAAGACUAUGCAGAGUACUUCAAUCCCCAAUCAGAUGCCCUCUUGCCCCAAAGCUAUAGAGAUAUCGUUGAGAUCUGUCGCGCUCUACCUAUACGCUAUCUUUGGAUUGACUCUCUUUGCAUCAUACAAGAUGAUAACGGCGCUGAUUUCCGCCACGAAGCACCUUUGAUGAUGGAUGUGUAUCGCUAUGCAUUUAUCACUAUUAUGAUAUGCUGGGAAUUUGGAGAAACUACCGCUUUUCGGAAGCGUAGGCCUCGUGGAAUAGCUCGACCUCCACCGAAGUCCUAUCAUGACGACAGCACCAGGAGUACCAAUAGUCUCGUCAAUGCAGCAGAAGAUUUUGCUUUUAUUGUACAGAACAAGACCAACGACUACCGUACCGACGUAGACAAGUCACCUAUCAACAAGAGAGCCUGGGUUUUACAAGAGAGGCAUCUCUCACGGCGAAUCCUCUGCCUUGGUAGUGAUCAGCUAUAUUGGGAGUGCCAAGGCGAUUCUAUUGGAAGUUGCAUGUCAAGAGAAGCCUGCCCAGAAAACUUCUCAAGCUUUGGCAAUCGCCUGCCACUUCAGCCACUCACAGAUAAUGAUGAAGGUCUCUCCUGGAGUCUAAUAGCCGAGCAGUACAGCCAACAAGACUUGACGUACGAACAAGAUAGGGUCGUUGCCAUAUCAGGGCUUGCAAAAGUCAUCUCGACCCUGAGUGGUGAUACUUAUUUUAUCGGUAUCUGGCUUGAGAGCUGGAUGACUGGUCUCCUAUGGGAGCCUGAUCAAGCAAAAGAUCGACCACACAGGCCCAAGCCAUCCCAUACAGAUUCACCUCCUAUUGUUCUACCUUCGUGGUCUUGGCUGAGCUUCCUGGGAUCAGUGUAUCUUAGUUCAGAAGGACCAAGGAUCUCAAGGACAGAUCCGAACUCCUUUGAAUCUGAAGUCUUCAGACCACUUGCUAUUCUCAGUCGAACCACCCUUCUACCAGUCGACGCCGACCCGUCCUUUUCCUUCGAUCGUGUCAUGCUGCAUAUAAGGUGUCUACUUAUCCCAGUGGAGUUUGGUGGCGUCGCAAAUGAGGAGAAUCUACCAUCCUUUUUCAAGCUAAAUCACGAAAUUGAGUUGCAAUCAAUGGGUAUAGACCGCUUGCACCUUGUUUCAUGCCAGGACGAUAGAAGGGAGUACGGAGUAAUGAAAGUUAGGUUCAGCAAGCCGAUAAAGACAUCCUCGCGUUACUUCCUUGUCCCACUGUAUCUGCGCAAGGAGAAUGCAGCUGAACCCCAAAAACUUAGUCCUGACGACACUGAGGGCUUUGGACUUGUUCUUGAAGAAAGCUACCACGAUGGAGAGCGCGAGUUUAUUAGGGUUGGGAUGUGGCAGGAAGACUAUGGUUGUUCUUCCCAGCUUGGACCUAUGAUCAGCAACACUAUUGCCAAGGGAUGCUUAGCAGAGGCAGAAUCUAAACGCAUUGGAGGUAUUACGGAAAUGGAACAGGUUUUUGACAAUAAAUUACGAGAAUACGCAUUGCGUCAUGCAUCCUCGGGGGUAAACUUUCCCUGGAAAGAGCAAGAGGAGCAUGUCCAGUGCUCAUUGCUGCCACAUUUUACCCACGCCGACUGGGCUACUAUUUCCUUAGUAUGA